AUGAGUGCCGCAACAAUCGCUGCAUCUAGGUCAGCGGUGCUGGUGCCUAUGCACCUGUCAGUUAUGUCCCCAAACUCAUUCCGUGAUAAUUUUGGUUUUCAGUUGUUUUAUCCCAACACCAAUCAGCAAUAUCAUAAUCAGAAUUAUUCCUCACAGUACAAGACAGAUCCUUAUCAAGCAUAUGUACAACAGAAGUCAGACAUGUUCCCUAUAUCUCAACAAUACAGUAAACCAGAUAACCAGAAUCUUCAAUUCUCCCAACAGUAUAGUAAACCAGAUAACACAAACAUGCAACUCAAUCAGCCAUACAGUAAACCACUUUGUGACAGUAUCCAGUACUCCCAGCCAUACAGUAAGCCGAUAUCGGACAAGUCCAAUAACCAGUUCAAACUGGAUAAUAUGUGUGGCCCAAUCACCAAGACUACUGAAACACCGCAGAAACCUUCAAGAGCUAUUCGUGGAUCUCCAAAUAAUUCUGGAUACAGUGAUUAUGAUUCAAGUACAGGAACUCCAAUGACCCCGUCAACCCCAUUGAAUGAGACUUUGUCCCCUAUAGAGCAGAUAUUUGGUCUGAUGUCAUCGGGUAAUAAACAGAUGUCCUCUAGAAGUAAUUCACCGUACGACUCAGACACUAGUGGAUUCAGCAGUGAAGGAUCGGAAGCCGCUCUUAUUGAUAUGAUGAACACAUUGAAGCUGAACAGUCGUGAAGCCAAAUCCCCGAUCACUGAUCUCUCAAAGCAACUGUACACUGCACAACAACAGCAACAGCAGCACCAGCAGGCCGCAAUACAGCAACACCAUCAGCAGCAACAACAACAACAGUUGGCACAGCAACAACAGCUGAUGCAGUACCAGCAGCAACAAGUUCAGCAACAGCAGGCCAACAGUCUCUCUAAUGGCCUUGCUUUGCCAGCGACAGAGCAGGUCUUAGGAAACCGAAUAUCAGGUCAGAUUCUCCGCCCCUAUAUGAUCUCCAAUCUAGAUCCCUAUGCCAUUGAUAGAGCAGCCAGACUUCACCGUAGUGCAGCAGCAAUGUGUGAGGCCAGCUGCACUUGGAGUGGUAAAAUUCCGCCAAAGAAUUACAAGAACCCAACAACGUUCUCGUGCAAAGUCUUUCUAGGUGGCGUACCUUGGGAUAUCACUGAAGCUGGUCUUCAGGCAGCGUUUGACAAGUUUGGAAGUUUUAAGAUAGAAUGGCCAGGCCGAGAUGGAUAUGUUUACUUAUUGUUUGAGUCCGAGAAGGCAGUGCGGUCAUUACUGCAAGAAUGUACCCAUGAUUACAGUACUGGGGAAUACUACUACAACAUCUCGAGUCGCAGGAUGAGAUCUAAAGAGGUUCAAGUAAUUCCAUGGAUGUUGAGUGACUCAAACUUUGUCCGCCAGCCAUCACAGAGAUUGGAUGCCAACAAGACCGUGUUUGUAGGGGCACUUCACGGAAUGAUCUCCGCGGAAACGCUCUCUGUAAUCAUGAAUGAUCUGUUUGGGAAUGUGGUGUAUUCUGGGAUAGAUUGUGACAAGCACAAGUACCCUAUUGGUAGUGGAAGGGUGACAUUCAGCAGUAGAAGAAGUUACAUGAAAGCUGUGCAAGCUGCCUUUGUUGAGAUUAAAACUCCAAAGUUUACAAAGAAGAUCCAGAUAGAUCCAUAUCUAGAAGACAGCAUCUGCUCUCUUUGUACCCUACAGCCUGGUCCAUAUUUCUGCCGGGAUCUCCAGUGCUUCAAAUAUUUCUGCCGAACUUGUUGGUACUGGAAACACGAGCCCGACGCUCUACGUAAUCAUAAACCACUAAGUCGUAACACCAAGGGACAUGCUAGUCUGGCCUUACUAUAAGGUUUCAGCUGCAUUGCAAGUUGGAUAAUCCUAUACUAUUACAAGGACUGACCAGACGUUACUAUAAAUACAUCCAUUGUUUUGCACACUGAUUGAAACAUUCCAUUGAGAAAAAAAUCAAAUAUUGAUGAUUGAAUGGUAGACAGCCAUUAUUUUGCGGGAAAUUCCUUUACUCAAAUUUGAACUAUGAUAUUCUUGAGGUAGCCAACAGUGGAGGAACCAGCUGAUGGUUAUUUCAUUUCAAGCAGGGAACCAGGAAGGUUUCAAAUGUCAUUCAUUUGUCAUUUUUGUGUUGGCUUGAAUCGACCCAGCUAGAAUUUGUCGGGGGAACCAACCAGAUCUUACUAUAAUGUCAGGGAAGCCAGUUUGAUCUUCAAGGGAACCAGCUAGGUUUUCAGGGGAACCAACUUUUUGAUUUUCAGGGGAACCAUGGAAAUAAUUAAAUAUUCUGGGGAAGCAAAUGUUUCAGGGGAACUUACUAGAUUUUGCUAGGAACCAAUUGUAUCUUGAAGAGAAUUAACAAUAUUUUGAUGGUUGAGGGGAACCAACUUUGAAAAAAAAAUGUCUUUCAUAUUUGUUUUGUUGUCUUUCAUACUGUAGAUAUGGAGAAUUUCUACAUAUUUGCUAUCUUUGUUUUCUUUAUAUUGGUUUAUCUUUUUGUUUGUUUGCUGAAAAAAAACAUGUGCUUCAAGUUUAUAUUGUUAUAAGUGCUAUUGAAUUUAACAGUAAAAUUCACUGUUAGUAAAUAAACUGAAAAAAAAAUGUAAAAUUCUUGAAAAAAAAAAGUUUAUUUUUUUGUGUAUUUUUUAUUGAUGUAUGUCAUCAUUUAUCCUUUUCACAUUGUGCCGUUUUUUCUUAUUUUGUGUUUGUUUCCAGAGUGAUAGCUCUGUUUCAAAACUUGUCGCUUUUUAUGUGUAUAAUUAUGUUCAAUCUUUUUAUUUAUCAAUUGUCUUUUUCAUUGUGUAUAGACUUUACUGAUUAUUGGCUACUUCUUUUGUCACAAACAGCCUGUCUCAUUCUUACUUUGUGACAAACAUUCUGUUUAAUUCUUACUUUGUCACAUA